AUGACGAGAGGUGCACAACAACUGAAUGACAGGGGUCAGUUCAAAGCCCUGGCUCCAUGUCAUUUGACCUGUGGUGACUGUAAUUUGAAACAAACCCAGCCUCCCACUGGCAACAACAUUGAGCAUGCAGUCAGUCAGUCAGGCUUAAAGGCUGAAGAAAAGGGGGUACAAGCGAAGGAGGACACCCAUGAUGAUUGUGGGGGGCUGAGCACAGCGGUGUGUGUGUGUGUGUGUGUGUGUGUGUGUGUGUGUGUGUGUGUGUGUGUGUGUGUGUGUGUGUGUGUGUGUGUGCAUACGCGCUUUGCAAACACUUGUUUGGCUUGCAUGCAUGCAAGUUUGCAUUUUGGCGCCGAGUCGCAAAAGAACAAUGCGUGGCGGGCGGGAGAGGAGCAUUCGAUCGACACUGCCGUCCGCCCAAGCGGUGCUGAAGCGACACGGGCCGCAGCGCGACGCAAACUCGACUUUCGUCGCCCGUCCAUGGUGUCUACCAAGCCUACCGUCCCUGUCGAUGCGGCUAGUGAACGCCCGGUGCCCGUACCGACCAAGAUUCGCUCUCGGGAAACCCUAGCGAGUGCCCCGGCUGCACCACGCCCCUCGCGCCGUCGUCGCGUUCUCGCGUCUACUGCCAGCAUGUCCGUCUCCUCUGCCAGCGACCCCGAGGCCUCGCGCAAGCCAUCUUUGGUGUCCAUUUCGCCGGGUAUUUCGUCGGGCUACUCCACCGAAUCUACCAGUAGCCUCGAUGGAAUUGCUGAUUCUCCGGCCUCGGCCGCUUUUGCAUUUGAACGAGCCCAUGCUUGCCACUCGGUGGCGCACGGGGGAGUGUUGUUGCCAGACAUGAUUGACUGUUCGCGUCUGCCGCCAGUGGACGCUCUGGCACAGAUGAAUCUUGCCGUGCGCCAAGCCCUGGGCCGUGGUAGCUUUGGCACCGUCUGGACCGCUGUCUCCACGUCUCCGGUCUGCAAGCCCGCGAGUCUCUUCGCAGAGGAUGCCGUCUCACCUGAUGCCGAUAUCCAUUCGCCCCAUCGUUCCAUCGCCUGCGUGGUCAAGAUGGUGGAGAAGCGGCCGGCUAGCGCUCGCCACGGUAGCAUGAGCAACUUGCGCCAUCGCCAUCAGGUGCUGCGAGAGGCGUCACUGGGAAUGACCCAGCACCCGAGUCUCCUGGCCUGUCACGGCAUUGUCGAAACCAGCAAAAACUACUGCCUGCUGUUGGAGCACGCGGCGCACGGCGAUCUUUUUCAUGCCAUUUCCAGCAACUACUUUAACGGCCUGGAUUUUGGCCGACGCACUCGCGACGUGCUGGUUCAGGUGGCCGCGGGUUUGGACUACAUGCACACGCGCCUGGGCCUAAUCCACGGCGACGUCAAACCUGAAAACAUUUUGCUCACGGCUGCGGGAGCCAAACUGUGUGAUUUUGGCUCCGUCUUGCCCGUCUUUGCUAGCUCAACGCGGCUCACGGGCUCGGCACCAUACACGGCGCCAGAGCUCGUUGCCUGGUAUCACGCGCAGCACGCCGAGCCCGUGAAGACACCCUUUGAAGCGCUUCCCGUGUACGACGUUUGGGCGCUGGGUACAACAUCCAUGACCAUGCUGUUUCGCGGCCAUCCCUGGCGCACGGCUCGCGUCAACGAUCCAGACUUUCAACGUUUUUACAAGCUUGUCAUUAUGGAGCGCAUCGACUUGACCCGCGUGUGCCCAGAACAGAGCCCCUGGUGUUACGUGUCGCGCUCGCUGCUGACGCUGUUGCAAGCCAGUCAGGCAAUCCGGCCGGACCAGCGAUGCAGCAUGGGUGAGCUGCGUCUCAUGUUGGAGCGUGUCUGGGCCGUGGCAGCACAGCGUUACGAGGACGGUUUGACGGGUGAGGACGAGGAUCCCUACGACACGACGGACAUGGGGGUGUUGGCUGAGAAGGCUGUCUUGCGCGAGCUGCAGGCCGCGGCAGCCCAAAACGAGUCAUUUACGCCCACCACGGUCACCGCAACAGCUACCGACUAUGACGAGGACGGCGUGUUGUACGCGGAUGCCGCCAGUGAUGGACCCGAGCUGGCAGAUGCCGCGACCGAGUUGACUCGCACACCUUCCUCACUGCCCGACCUGCUUCGAAACGCCGAUGGUGUGAGCUUGCACUUUGUGGACGAUGAUGAAAUUGUCGAGGCACCUUGCGUGGCGAAUCAUGAGCCAGAGUACGAACAAUUCACGCGAAUCAGUAGCGCCACUGCCAGUUUACAUCUCUCCGCCUCCCCCCCCUCUCUCUCUCUGUCUCUCUGUCUCUCUGUCUCUCUGUCUCUCUGUCUCUCUGUCUCUCUGUCUCUCUGUCUCUCUGUCUCUCUGUCUCUCUGUCUCUCUGUCUCUCUGUCUCUCUGUCUCUGCAUACCAGCAGCGGGCAAGAUGAGCUUCAAGGUUCACACGCUGGCGUCGCUGUCCAGCAGUGGAGCCCUGACACCACCCGACUCGCCCUUGAUCGUGCCCAAUGGAUCUGGCGCUCGGAUCGAGCAAGCCCUGGUCACGGCCGCCACCCUCACCCAUGAGCAAAAAGUCGGUGAAGAACCCAAAGCGCUCCUCAAGCUCGGCGGGGUGACCAUGCUCAAUCACGUGCUCAUCGGCCUGUGUGAGGCUGGCCUCAAGCGCGUGGUGGUCUUGGUCGCUGAUAGCGCCCGCGUCCAGCCCCUGGUGGACGAGGGCCGCGCGCUCUUUCCCCAGCUGGCGGUCGAAUUUCUCGAGCUGGGCGCCGACUACAAUGACAGCCACGCCUCGUCCAUCGUGCGCGCACAGGCUCUUUUUGAUCAACCCUUUCUGCUUGUUCCCUCCGAUCACCUCUAUGAGACAAAGUUGUACCAGCGCAUGACCACUGCCAGCCUGGCCGACAGCGAUGCCGCUUGCCUCGUGGAAACCGAUCUCGAGGGCAUGGUCGGCCUGCCCAAAACUACCGUUCACGUGGCCUUCCGACCCCUCGACGAUGAUCAUCGCAUCUCCCACAUUGGUUGGGAUCUCGACUCUUACAACGGCAUCGAUGCCGGCCUCAUUGCCACCACCCCUGCCCUCUUCACCGCCAUCAACGCCAUCAACCGUCCUUAUGUCACCGUUGCCGACGCCCUGGCCCAGUUUUGCGCCAAAACCCGCCUGAAAUAUAUUAGUACCCGAGGCGCCACCUGGUUCUCCGUGGAGACGGACGCCUCCACCGAGUACUCCACAACCAACCUUACCAAAGUUGGCCAACGCUUCAACCUGGAAGAUGGCAAGGUGGUGCAUUUGCUUGGUCAUCCCAAGCGCAUUCAAACCUCUCCUUCCACGGGCGGCGAUUGGUCAGAAUUCAGCGUCAACAAAUGGCGCUCCGCCGUCUUUACCACCAAAUCCUUCUUUAACGACCUCUACGAAGACACGACAGCCUUUAUCAACAAGUACCUGGCACACCUGGAUGACUGGUUCUCAGGUGCAGACCAAAGCUGUUUGAUCGAGGUCGGCUGUGGCACUGGCGAGUCGUUGAUCCCCCACUAUGACGUGGCACGCUAUUGCAUUGGUGUCGAUGUGAACCAGGUCUUUGUCGACUUUUGUAAGAAGCAAACCACGGAAAAGUAUGCGAAAAAGGUUGGAUUUGCGUGUGGCGACGCCGAGUUUCUCGAGUCCAUGCUCCUUGAUGCAAACUUUGGCUCGUUUUUGAACGAUACCAAGAAGCUCGUGACAUGCGUGGGCAACACCAUUGGCAUCAUUCCCGAUCCGAAAAAGACAGCCAUUUACCGCGCAAUGCUUAAAUUAGCCGGCCCAGACGGGGUGGUUGUGGUCGUAUACUGGAACGGCAAUUGCUUUGGUGAAGCGGUGCAACAUUUUUACCACAAGAACCCUCAGCUUUGCGGCACCUUUGAUGGGUCGGCCAUCGAUCUGGUCAAUUGCAGCCUCACCACGCCCAGUGGCUACUCGACAAAGUGGACCACGCCAGCAGAAGCUGAAACCAUCAUCAAGGUAGCUAUUUUUGAAACUGGCGCCUCGACUUGGAUGGCGACACAGCCAGCUGUCUGCUGA